GUUGGGUGGAUCGAGAGCACACGAGCAUAUGCCUUCCAAGCGAAGUCGACGCGACGACAGCUCUGGGUCGGAGGACUCGGAUUCGGACCGACGAAGAAGGUCCGAGAAGAAGUCUUCGAAGAAGAAGACCAGUACCAGAUCCCGCCAUCGCGAUUCAUCCGACAGCGACAGCAGCAGCAGCAGUGGCAGUGACUCGGACGACCGCAAGCACAAGAAGCGCAAGAAGCAUAAGGAUAAAAAGUCCAAAAGGGACAAGAAGGCCAAGAAACACUCAAAAGCAAUCGACCAGAGCGACUAUGGCAAGUACGGCAUCCUGCGCGAGUCGGAUUUCCACGCCAAAGCGGUCUCGUUCAACGUGUGGCUUCGCGAGGUGAAGAAGAUCAGCGACUUCAACGGGCCCAAAUGGGAGGCCAUGGAGCUGUUUAAGGAAUACAUGGAAGACUACAACACGGCAACGCUGCCCCAUGAAAAAUACUACGACGUCGAGAAAUACGAGAUGCGGCAGCACCGGAAGAAGGAAGGGAAGCGAAAGGGCGGCGCGACAAACGCCCACGACGACGAAGAAGCGAUGCGCCGGGAGCGCUUGCGUCAGCGGGUCGAGGAAGAGAACAAGGACUUUAGCUUGAUCAUGCAAACGAUGAGCAAGGAAAAGAUCGAGAACAUGCGGUACCAAGAAAAGCUGCGGACGCAAAUGCAGCUACACUACAAGUCGGGCAACGUCACCGAGGCGCGGCGACUCGAGGCCCUUCUCAACAAGGUCGACGAUAAAUCCAUGCCGUCGUUCCAUUAAGCAAAUAUCACGAGCACGUUAUCGUCGAUAGUUGAGGGGUCGCCGGGCACGUUGCGGCGCGACUUGAUCCGUCACUUGGACGUACCCACCGUAACAGGUCUCGCUCGUCGAGUUUCGAGCUCCUGAAGCGGACGGAUACCGAAAGUUGGUUUGCAACGCAGACAUGCCAUCCGAAGCACAUGACGAGGAUGGGCCACCCGCGACGGACGACCCCCUGUCGCUCGAGUUGGCGACAUAUACUCGACGCGAGUAGGGCUCCGGCGGGAC